UUAGCCGCAGAGCUCAUCUGCCGAGACUCGACAACACCCAAUGAUGCUGCUUGCCAACAGGUUAUUGCUGCGCGUCUCGAAAAAAUGGGGUUUACUUGUCAAACUUUGUACUUUGGUGAAGGCGAUGCUUUGGUCGAAAAUCUCUGGGCCUAUAAAAAAGGGGCUGAUCCGGCUGGCAAGGUACUCGUUUUUGCAGGGCAUACCGAUGUUGUUCCCACGGGUCCACUAGAGCAAUGGACAACCCCGCCUUUUGUGCCGACCGUCAGAGAUGAGCGGUUGUACGGACGAGGCGCAGCGGAUAUGAAAUCCUCUUUAGCGGCAUUUGUGGUGGCGAGUGAACAGUUUGUGUUGGCGUAUCCGAAUCACCAAGGAAGCAUCGCUUUUUUAUUGACGAGCGACGAAGAAGGCCCGUCUAUUCAUGGUACCGUUAAAGUGUGUGAUUGGUUAGUUGAGAAAAAUCAAAAUCUUAAUUAUUGUAUCGUUGGUGAACCCACUUCGGUGAAACAGAUGGGCGAUAUGAUUAAAAAUGGUCGGCGCGGUUCGUUAAGCGGCAAGCUCAAAAUUAUUGGCAAACAAGGUCAUAUUGCUUAUCCACAUUUAGCCGAUAACCCUAUUCAUGCGGUUGCUCCAGCUUUAGCUGAGUUAGCAAAUACCGUUUGGGAUCAGGGCAAUGAUUAUUUUCCACCGACUACGUGGCAAAUUUCAAAUUUUCAUAGUGGUACGGGGGCUGGAAAUGUGAUUCCUGGGCAAGCGACCAUCGAUUUUAAUUUUCGAUUUGCGUCGUGUUCUACGGCAGAAGAUUUGCAAGCGAGGUUGUGUCGUGUCCUUGAUCGAUAUAAAUUAACUUAUCAAAUUGACUGGGUUUUAGGGGCCAAACCGUUUUUAACUGGAGAAGGCGAGCUCAUUGGCGCGAUGCGGGAGUCGAUUCAAAAGCAUUUAGGUGUGACCACCGAACUUUCGACAACAGGCGGCACAUCAGAUGGUCGUUUUAUUGCUCAAAUUUGCGAGCAAGUGGUUGAGUUUGGACCGAUUAAUGCGAGCAUCCACCAAAUUGACGAACAUAUUGCGCGUACUGGAGUUGCUGAUAUGUUAACCGCAGAACACCUUUUGUUAGAGCCGCCUAGUCAUUUGUUAACCUUAGGUGACUGGGUGAGAUUUGCGAAUAGUUUGUUUAUUCGUGAAAAAAUCGUUUAUGGUCAGGGUACAGAUAAUGCCUAUGAUGAAGCUGUUUGGUUGGUGAUGAGGACGUUAGCGCUCGAUUUUGAUCAGUUAGAACGCUUUUGGGAUAAUCGCUUGGCAGAUGGGGAGCAGUAUUAUCUGUAUGAAUUAUUAAAGAAAAGGGUGUUGAAACGUAAGCCGACUGCUUAUUUGCUCAAAGAAGCGUGGUUAGCUGGGCAAACGUUUUAUGUCGAUGAGCGGGUCAUUAUUCCGCGUUCCUAUUUAGCAGAACUCAUGCACGAAGAAGCGUUGCUACCAUGGCUACCUGAGCUAGAUGAAGUGAGCAAUGUGUUAGAGCUAUGCACGGGGUCUGGGUGCUUGGCCAUUAUGGCUGCACAAUACUAUGGUCAGGCACUGGUCGAUGCAGUAGAUAUUUCUGAAGAGGCGUUAGCUGUCGCAAAAAUCAACGUCAAUGAUUAUGAUUUAACGGAUCGAGUCAUCUUGUUGCAAGGGGAUUUAUACGCGCCAUUGUAUGAUCCAGCCUUACCACCCAGUCGUUUAUAUGAUUUGAUUUUGUGUAAUCCGCCCUAUGUUAACCAUGAGAGCAUGAAUCAUCUCCCACCAGAAUUUUUGCACGAACCGCGUUUAGCCUUAGAUGGUGGCGCAGACGGCAUGGCACUGAUUGAUACGAUACUCAGAAAGGCCAGUCAUUUUCUGAAACCCGAAGGGAUUCUAGUGAUAGAAUUAGGACAUGAGCGGCACUUUUUUGAGAUGAGGUAUCCCAAUUUAAAUCCGGUUUGGUUGUCUUGCGCCCAUCAUGAUGAUGCGUUGCCUCUGUAUUUGGGCUUAAUUGUCGCACAGAUGGUGUAUGUCUUUCAUUUUUGGGUAGAGUUAGUCCAUCUGGUGCAAGCAGCCUUUGGUGAUCAACAGGCAAUCAAGUUGGUGAUUUGUGCGGUGCAGUCGGGCAAUUCGAUCUGUGCGCCCAAUGCGCCACCGCCGUUGAGUCCCUUACACCUAACUGAAACCUUGAUCAUGCUGGUGGUGUUAGGCUUAAUCGACGUAGUCAUGAUUUCGAAUUUAUUGAUUAUGGUGAUUGUCGGCGGCUAUGAGACGUUUGUUUCUAGAAUGUAUCUUGAGGAACACCCAGAUCAGCCUGAAUGGUUGUCCCAUGUUAAUGCAACUGUUCUCAAGGUGAAGUUAGCGACAGCCAUUAUUGGGAUUUCGUCUGUCCAUUUGUUAAAAACCUUCAUUAAUGCCGAUUCAAUGGAGACCAAAACCAUUGUUGCACAAACCGUUAUUCACGUCGUUUUCAUUUUAUCGGCAAUGGCGAUCGCUGCUACCGAUUGGAUUUUAACCAAAACAGCCCACCAAGCUGAAAAAUCUUAA